CUUUGCAAUAUUUCACAGGCUAUCAGCUCGUUGAAACGAGCACAUUAUUUGAGCCCGAUGUCCUGCGUCCCAUCGUGUAAUCUAGGGAUCGUUUUUCUCACCACUGGACAGCCUGCAUCAGCUGCGAUUUAUCUAUGUGCUGCAGUCAGCGCUGAACCAAAAAAUCCAAUGCCAUAUCUGUUAUUGGGUUUGGCUCUAAAACGUUUGGAUGAUCUGGAAGGUGCUGAAAGAUCAUUGACAAAAGCACACGCAUUAGCUCCUCAGGAUCCGUUAAUAUUGAUUAAUUAUGCUGUGGUACUCGAUGCUCGCGACAAACAAGCUAAUGCCACUGAAAUUUUAACAGCGCUCAACGAUAUGAUGGCAGUCGUUGAGGUUGAUGCGCAGAUAUCGCAAAUGGCAAAGAAGUUAUCAAAAAGAUUACAACGCGAGAAAACGGAAUCAAACACCAGUCAAGAAAUGCUAACGGACGAGUAUGAAAAACGACAAUUAAGCGCUGAUGAAGUUUAAAAAUCAUGUCAUUCGUUGCGCAAUAAUUAUUCGUGUUAUUCGCAGAGAUUUAGGGAAAGGAAUAAAAAAGGAAAUAAUCUGUGGAAGUAUUACACAUUUUUAUUAGAGAGAGAACGAGAGAGAGAGAGAGAGUUUUUACACAAGUAAGAUACGAAAUUAACAUAUGUUACAUUUAUUUAUUAUUUGUUUCAAAAAGAUCUAGAUUUUAUUUAUUAUUUGUCUUCAAAACAUCUAGAAUUUAAUAUAAUGGAUUGAAAUUACAAAAUCAAAUACAAAAAAGCUGAUUGCACGCGUGUGAAAAGAAACAUAUCUUAUGUAUAUAGAGAUUAUUGAAUUAAAAAAUUGUGCGUGUUAUGUGUGCGUUUACGCAUAAACA